CGUAUUAGGUUGAAGUCUGAUAAGUGAUUAUUGGAAGUACGGCAAUAUUUUUUCAUCAGCAUUGGGAAAAAAAAAUUCGUUGGACAAGUUCUAGUUACUUAUUGAUUAUUUUUUAGCGACUGGCAAACGGCCAUUCCUGCACUAUGCUGGAAACUUGACAAAAGCUGAAUCUGGAUCUAGGAGAAGAGUAUCAUGUAUUUUUUGUGCUCGAUGACUUUAGCUGAAAGAUAAUCGUCGCGCACUUGUGGAGAGUGUUUAAAAAAAUACAGCCGGAAAUGGCGGAGUGUGAUUGAUUCUAAAAUCAUAUUGGACCCAGAUAGCUCGUACGGUCGCAAUGAAACAGGGACACCGAUCGCGUAAUAAUAAUGUCUCGGUCCUUUUCUCUCGUGAUCGAAAGAGUGAAUCGUCUGUAUUACGUGAUUGUGAGGAUUGAUCGACUAACUUAGUGGUCAGGAUGAGCACUGGAAAGUCUUGCAAUUGGAACCAGAAGUACAUUCGUUUCGGCUGACAGCGCUGUCGUUGGUACGUUAGAAACAAGGCGUUUUCCUAUCGUUGUAGGUCGCCGUUUCUCGUAUCUAAAGGACAUAGAAAUUAUCUUCGGAAAAAAAAUUGUUCUUGAUAACUAACUGGAUCAAUGCUCCUAUAGCUUGUAAUUUGAAGAUCGCUGAACUUGCGAGAAAAAAGUGCAAAAGAGAGGGGCAGAGUGAGAGUGAGUGCUUGAUGCGAUAUAGAAGGGAGCGGAAGGAAGUUAGUUUCGAAGUAUUAAAAAAAUAAAGAGACGAGUGAAUAAUAAAAAAAAAAAUAUAAUUGCGAUUUAAGCAUACAAAAUGGAUGAGUGUAUGCUGAAUGAUUUGCUAGAAUGUUCAGUUUGUCUUGAGCGAUUGGAUACAUCCAGUAAGGUACUCCCUUGCCAACAUACAUUUUGUAAAAAGUGCCUUGAGGAAAUCGUGAGCACUCAUCGCGAGCUACGAUGUCCAGAGUGUAGAGUAUUAGUCGAUGCAAAGAUUGAUGAUUUACCACCAAAUGUUCUGUUAAUGAGGAUUUUAGAGGGUAUGCGUAAUGCUGCCCCCAAGGGUAUUAAAACACCUUUGCGGUGUAAUCCUGGACCACAGAGACUGCUUGGUGGGCAUCAGAUUGCUCCAGCAUCUGUUACUACCAAUUUAGCACCUGUUGUGCUUGCUACUGAUCCUACGAGGCAUGCUAAUGCUGCAGCCAAACAAGUGCACCUCCAUAAUCAGCCAUACGGAAGAGCCAUUUAUGAUUACAUUUCUAAAGUUCCAGGGGAUUUGAGUUUUAAAAAAGGAGACAUUAUUGUUUUGCGCAAAAAAAUUGAUAAUAAUUGGUAUUUUGGAGAAUGUGGUAACAACCAUGGUGUUUUUCCACUGUCUUAUGUUCAGGUGAUGACUCCUUUGCCUCCUCAUGUGCCCCAGUGUAAAGCACUGUAUGACUUUAGAAUGACUAAUGAUGACGAGGAUGGUUGCCUCACUUUUAACAAGGGCGAGGUAAUCAGCGUAAUUAGAAGGGUCGACGAAAAUUGGGCAGAAGGCAAACUCUUAGAUCGCAUUGGUAUAUUUCCAUUGGCAUUUGUAGAAUUGAAUAGCGUUGCUAGAGCCUUAAUGAAGCUGUCAACAAAUGCACAACCAGGUCCAUCAAGAGUUGCUCCACCAACCCCAACCAAUGAAGAAACUACUCCACUGAUCCCAACAGACCAUUCUCGAAAUAUACAAGCAGCGAGUCAGCCACGACCGCAAAUUCCACCAACUGAACUUCCUCAGACCGCAGCACUUCCGGUGUCCGACUCAAGUUCGACUGUCUCAUCUGGCGGUAGUUCUACAACAACUACACCAAAUACUCCAAAUAGUUCAAGCACUUCUAGUAGUUCAAGUACCGCCCCAAGUAGUCCAAGUAGUCCAGCAACUUCUCCACCAGCAGUUGGCAAUAGGCACAAUGUUAAGCGACACAGUUUUACUGCCGUUAACACUGGACAUCACCCGCAUCCUCAUCAUCGACAUAGUGCUGAGAUUUUAAGUCCGGCAAUGGAUGCGGUAUUGAGCAGUGGUGACGCAGCCAGCAAUGAGUCAUUCUCCUCAGCCCAAACAAGCGGGAGUUCGGAACAUGCACUUCGACACAGACGUAGUGGCAGCAGCGAUCUAGUUCUUGCCCAACCAUCACAAAGUACUCCUACUAAUUCUACCAGUAACCACUUGCCUGCAACUUACAUAGCACUGUACCCCUACAAGCCUCAAAAAACAGACGAACUCGAAUUACGCAAGGGUGGAAUUUAUAUGGUAACCGAGCGUUGUCAGGAUGGCUGGUUCAAGGGUACAUCGAAUCGCACGCAAAAAUGCGGUGUAUUUCCAGGAAAUUAUGUAGCACCGGCAAAAUGUCAACGCGGUAUCUGUCGUACAUCACCCAAUGCGAUUUCCCACCAGGGUAAUCCUUUAACAUCAGUAUCAAUGAAUACGGAACCACGUUUAACAAUGACUUAUACAAGGAACAAAGGUCCUGCUCCGCAGCCCUAUAAUCUGCGUUCUUUACCGCCACCGGAAUUGCCCCCGCGUGCUGCUAGUCCCGUUCCUGCUAUAUCAUCUUCUUGGCAUGGUCAGGCACAGAGUCAGGUUCAAAACCAAACGCAGCAUUCUGAACAAGCUGCAGCAGCUGCCAAUCCUCUUGGACGAAGUCACAGUGCCGUUAUGUCUUCUAACGUUGCUUCUCCUGGUAAGCAAACAAUGAUGCCACCUCCAGUCACUACAUCAGACUUAAAUCGAAGUCCUAACAAUACUCUGCGAAUUGCUAGUGGUGUUACCCCGCCGCCAAAUACGUCUGUAUCAACAGCUGCAACUAGUGCAAAAAGUGCCGAAAAGCCAAAAGAAAAAAAGGAUAAAGCUGUUUCGUUGAUGCGUCGCUUGACGAACAUAAAAAAGUCGAAAUCGCCGCCACCUGCUUCUUAUUCAAUGGACAAUCCAGUAUUCGACGAUGGGAAUUCAGUGGCUUCCAUAAACCCGAUACAUGUUCGGUCAGGGUCUUGCCCGAGUCAGUUGCUCCAGGUGGGACCAAGCCAGGAUGUAAAUACUCCAAACAGCCAUCACCGUAUGUACCCAGGCCUUGGUCAAGGGCACGCCACUACUUCACAGAGACUUAAACACAAGGAGCGUCCCUCCUUGCCAGUUUCGUUCCUCCAGAGAUCGGGUGAUGGUGUAGUCGGUGCCGUUGUUGGGAGUCAUCAUCGUAAGAGUAACUCUCUAGAUGCCGGUACUGGAAAACAAAGUAGGCAGCAGCCUUCUUCGAGAGAAAGAGAGCGGGUGUACAGGUUUCGUUGUAUUGUGCCGUAUCCACCAAAUAGCGAAUUCGAGUUAGAGCUGCGCGUUGGUGACAUAAUAUAUGUUCAUAAGAAGCGCGACGACGGGUGGUAUAAGGGAACACAACAGCGCACAGGACGCACUGGGCUAUUUCCUGCAAGUUUUGUGGAAGCUUGCUGAGAUACGACGUAUGGCUGUCUCGUCUUGGAGACGUGUAUAUAAGGCGCAACGAGAAUCCUGUAGUAACUCCCGAACACGGCGGAUAAUAAUAUCAAAGAUUUCAACAAAUUUUGAGAAAUACGAUUGCGAAACGAGGCUGGCCAAUUUUAUCGUAGCUCUAAACUUAUGAAAUUAUGAAGUAUAAUAAACGAGUGGUAUUUUCCGCUCUGCGUGAUAUCGCUACAAAUCCAUUGAUUUCAUGCGCAUCGUUAUUGUACAGAGUAACUCGAGUGUUACUUAUUCUAUUUUAAAAAAUCAAUGAAAUUGAAUGAAGACCGCGAACACAGGUUCGGCGUUGAGGCGGAACCAUACCUGAAAUUUAUACUGCCAUCGAUAACAUAUAGUCUUUUAUAAUUAAAAUACUUUGGAAGCACGUCGAACUCUACCCGAAGUUCAUACUGCCAUCCGUAAAAAAUGAUUCUAGAAAUGUAAUUGGAAAAUUUGUACGUCUUUAGAAAUGACGUUUUGUGGCUUAUUAGAAGGCACCGAGUUAUUUCAAAUAGAGAAGUUUGGAGGGUAUCUUUUAUAUUUGAUAAAACGAUAAAUACAACAAGUAAAUGCGUUCGAGUGGCUGACUGAAUUAACCAAGCAACACGUUACUUGUUUCUUUUUCGAUUAUCAAAUGACUGACGAACAAUCGACAAAAACCCACCGUCAGCUAAGAACAUGAAAGUUUAGAAAAAUCUCGCUACGAUCUGCCGAAUCUCAUAACCACGAAAACACAGCGAAAGUGCAAUGAUAAUUGCGCAAAGUUAGCCCGGAAAUAGAGUAUCGAAUACUGUCAGAUGUCUGUAAUUAUUACAUAUGUAACGCACAGCGAUAAUAACGACACACAUGUACACGCAUUUUAUGCGCUUAGUCAUAUACGCAUGCGUGUACAAGGCACGGAUAUUUAUUUAUUUAUUAAAUAGCACAUACGGUAAGAUCGCCAGCAGAAUUCACGAUCGGCUCGACCGAGAAGGGACGCGAGUUCACAUUCUACGUUGUAUUACAGGAGGUAAAAAAGAAGAGAAAGAAAAGAAAAAUACUACCGGUUAUUAUAAUCUAGUGCUUACACAUAUGGAAUCUACAUUGUUUUAGCUAUCAUCACAUUUAAGCGAUAAUUACGAACAGCGUUUAUGCGUAUGUUCUUUAUUAUAUAACGGGACCCGUUGCCGUCUAAUUUUUAAAAUCGAAUACACUCGAUUUUCAAAAAUCUCUAAAAAUUCGACGAUAACUUGAGUCAAUAAACCGUCAUGCGUGUCACUUUCAAUUUGCGAUGCAAGUUUUACAGGUAUUUUCCCGUUGUGAAGAUUCCAUUUAAAGUGAAUUAUAGUGACUUUUAAUUGUUUCAGUCUGAUUAGGAAAUUGCAAUAGCUACUGGUUAUUAAUUUAAGAUUAUUCUGUGUAUUGCUCUUAUUGGAGUAUAUUCUUUUAAAAGUAUCACCAUUGACGGUGUAUAGACUUAAAACUUAGAUAGUAAUUAAAUCAACAGUCUUAUAUUCAAUGCGAAGUGUCGUCUUUGCAUUUAAAGACUAAUUGUCGCAUUAGACGGACUAUAAGUGGAAUCUAGUAAUACAUAUAAUUGAUGACUAUAUCGCGUACUAAAGCGUUUUUCAAUUUCUCUCUAGGGUGAGUCUAUGGGUUUGAUCACAUGAAAUAUCGCCAAAACUAUUAAAGUCUAAUACAAAUUUUUCUAACAAAAAGCAGAUAUCAAUCAUACCACAAAAAAUAAAAUGUGUCAAUUCAUUUCAACAAUUAGGAUGAUGUUGAAAUCUCCAAAGCACGUUCACUAGUUCAAAAUCAUUAGCACUUUCUCUUUGUUAUGCAACUUUUGUUGGAACAAUUUUUCUGUGGCUAAUAGUUUCGGAUAUAUUUCAGAUGGUCAAAAUUAUUUCUUCGCCCGCUAUAUGCAUAUAUAUAUAUAUAUAUUUUUUUGUGUUCAUGACAUUCGAUUCAGGCUGUCUAUUGGUCAGCAAUAUAGGAUUUUUUAACAAUUUUAUUGUGAGAUUAUUUGUAAAGUAUUUUUCUUCUUUAUUUUUCAUUUAUCGUCGUCUAUUAUUAUCAUUAUGACCACAUGAGAAUAUCAUGCACAACAUUUACACUUUCUGAAUUAUUCUAUUUUUUAAACUUGGUUCUCUUUUGGAAUCGAUUACACAAAUGGCAAACUCUUUGCUGCUGGCCACAACUAAAUGGAUAUUUAUUUAUAGCUUAUAUAAUACACAUGAGAAUAUUUAUACAUGCGUGUUUUGUAUGAUGGUAAUUUUAAGUAAUUUAUUAUGAAUAGUAUGUAAAGAAGUGACAAAAUUUGAACGCUAACUGGCUAUCACUACAAUGUCGUGUAAUUUAUUAUGAAUUAUGCAUCGACUCUAACGGAAUCACUGGAUAAUCCAAGUACACAUUAUAAUUGAGGUAUUUUGAAGAAAAUUUUUUUUUAAUAACAUUCAAUAUUUACUUUUAUAUUAAAAUCUUUUGCAGUCCAUGAGAAUAGCAAACCUUAAUUUCAUUUUGGUGCUAAAAUCUCUUCGGUUUUUUGAUCAUUCAUAAUUUUGUUUCUGUUUUGAUUUUUCUUAAAAAUGAUAAUGUUUCCGUUCAUGUUACUGUUAUUUAUUUUAUAAUGUUGAGGAAUAUGUUAAAUUUUUCCUACAUCGCAUAUCGUGAAAGGGACAGAUAUUCGAACGCAUAUCGUCACCUUAGCAAUAAGAUAAUUUUUAACGAAGGAGAUAUCAGUGAAUUAUGAAUUAUGAAUUAUGUUUUUCUUUUCUUUUCUCUCUUACAUUUCAUCCUCUGCAAUCCAAUGGAACUGAUGAUCAUUCAAAAUGGAUAAUUACGAAUUUUAUACUGUUACUCGGUUAUCGUACUUUUAUUCCAACAAUAUGACCUGUGUCAAGUACUGUCUCAGUGUUGUGUCCGACGUAUUUUAUAUAUGUAGGCAUUUCUAAUAUUUAAAUAGCGCGUAACGACUGUAAUAAAAAGUGACGUGAUGGUGAUUAUGAUUGUAUUUCCCAUUAGCUGACAAAAAGAAUUUUACCUGUAGACUAGUGGAUUUAUUGAAAGACUAACUUCCAUAAUACAUAAUAAAUAAUGAUUUAAAAUAUA